AUGGUAUAUGAUGAAAAUAAAAUAACAAUAAAGAUCUUAACUAAACUUAUUUAUAGACAGACUCUCGCCCUAAUUUUUAAGCUUCACCGAGUAAGGAGAUUCAGUCACUUUGUGACCGUGUCAUCAGUCUUCGGAUUUGUCCGGCCUUGCUUAAGGCUGAUGAGUAGGGAGCAAGGGUUGUCCACACAAAAUCCCAAAAAAUGGGACUCUUGGCAAAAAAAGAAAACACAUAGGCCAGGAUGUAACUUUUGAUUUCGCGCUGGUCUAGUACCCGAUGGGUCUAUUAUUGCCUGUAGACACCGUGGGCGACCCCUUUCCAACUUCUCUGCCACCCUUCCCAAAGGUAAAAUCCAUCUUUGAAAGCGGACUUGGGCUAGGCUUUGGAAAAUCAAGAAUUGUUUAUGUCCAUUUCUGGAUGGCAAAACUUUGUCGUAUAUAAUUCAAUAUGCGCUCGAAAGAGUUAGUAUAGCCGAUCGCGAAGAGCUGAGACUUCAUAUUAAAUUAUUACAGUAAAGAUCAAUGGAUGGUCAAUGGGAUCUUUUAUAAUUAAUGGCUCAGUUAAAUUUGAAAAUGUGAUUUUUGAUGGCAAAGAGCAAUAUAUUGCAUGCGAUCAUGAAGAAUAUUGCGAAUAUUGUGCAUACAAUACUUAUAAUGAAACAGACGGAUACUAUUACAGUGAUAGGAAUGAGCCUAUUUCGCAAAAUUUGCCAAAUGAUUAUUGCAGAACUGAUCAAACUACUGAUCAAAGUCUUUUUAAAUAG